GGAGGUGGGAAGGCAAGGAGGCCGGCCCGGCGGGGGCGGGACCCGACUCGCAAACUGUUGCAUUUGCUCUCCACCUCCCAGCGCCCCCUCCGAGAUCCCGGGGAGCCAGCUUGCUGGGAGAGCGGGACGGUCCGGAGCAAGCCCAGAGGCAGAGGAGGCGACAGAGGGAAAAAGGGCCGAGCUAGCCGCUCCAGUGCUGUACAGGAGCCGAAGGGACGCACCACGCCAGCCCCAGCCCGGCUCCAGCGACAGCCAACGCCUCUUGCAGCGCGGCGGCUUCGAAGCCGCCGCCCGGAGCUGCCCUUUCCUCUUCGGUGAAGUUUUUAAAAGCUGCUAAAGACUCGGAGGAAGCAAGGAAAGUGCCUGGUAGGACUGACGGCUGCCUUUGUCCUCCUCCUCUCCACCCCGCCUCCCCCCACCCUGCCUUCCCCCGCUCCCCCGUCUUCUCUCCCGCAGCUGCCUCAGUCGGCUACUCUCAGCCAACCCCCCUCACCACCCUUCUCCCCACCCGCCCCCCCGCCCCCGUCGGCCCAGCGCUGCCAGCCCGAGUUUGCAGAGAGGUAACUCCCUUUGGCUGCGAGCGGGCGAGCUAGCUGCACAUUGCAAAGAAGGCUCUUAGGAGCCAGGCGACUGGGGAGCGGCUUCAGCACUGCAGCCACGACCCGCCUGGUUAGGCUGCACGCGGGGAGAACCCUCUGUUUCCCCCCACUCUCUCUCCACCUCCUCCUGCCUUCCCCACCCCGAGUGCGGAGCCAGAGAUCAAAAGAUGAAAAGGCAGUCAGGUCUUCAGUAGCCAAAAAACAAAACAAACAAAAACAAAAAAGCCGAAAUAAAAGAAAAAGAUAAUAACUCAGUUCUUAUUUGCACCUACUUCAGUGGACACUGAAUUUGGAAGGUGGAGGAUUUUGUUUUUCUCUUUUAAGAUUUGGGCAUCUUUUGAAUCUACCCUUCAAGUAUUAAGAGACAGACUGUGAGCCUAGCAGGGCAGAUCUUGUCCACCGUGUGUCUUCUUCUGCACGAGACUUUGAGGCUGUCAGAGCGCUUUUUGCGUGGUUGCUCCCGCAAGUUUCCUUCUCUGGAGCUUUCCGCAGGUGGGCAGCUAGCUGCAGCGACUACCGCAUCAUCACAGCCUGUUGAACUCUUCUGAGCAAGAGAAGGGGAGGCGGGGUAAGGGAAGUAGGUGGAAGAUUCAGCCAAGCUCAAGGAUGGAAGUGCAGUUAGGGCUGGGAAGGGUCUACCCUCGGCCGCCGUCCAAGACCUACCGAGGAGCUUUCCAGAAUCUGUUCCAGAGCGUGCGCGAAGUGAUCCAGAACCCGGGCCCCAGGCACCCAGAGGCCGCGAGCGCAGCACCUCCCGGCGCCAGUUUGCUGCUGCAGCAGCAGCAGCAGCAGCAGCAGCAGCAGCAGCAGCAGCAGCAGCAGCAGCAGCAGCAAGAGACUAGCCCCAGGCAGCAGCAGCAGCAGGGUGAGGAUGGUUCUCCCCAAGCCCAUCGUAGAGGCCCCACAGGCUACCUGGUCCUGGAUGAGGAACAGCAACCUUCACAGCCGCAGUCGGCCCCGGAGUGCCACCCCGAGAGAGGUUGCGUCCCAGAGCCUGGAGCCGCCGUGGCCGCCAGCAAGGGGCUGCCGCAGCAGCUGCCAGCACCUCCGGACGAGGAUGACUCAGCUGCCCCAUCCACGUUGUCCCUGCUGGGCCCCACUUUCCCCGGCUUAAGCAGCUGCUCCGCCGACCUUAAAGACAUCCUGAGCGAGGCCAGCACCAUGCAACUCCUUCAGCAACAGCAGCAGGAAGCAGUAUCCGAAGGCAGCAGCAGCGGGAGAGCGAGGGAGGCCUCGGGGGCUCCCACUUCCUCCAAGGACAAUUACUUAGGGGGCACUUCGACCAUUUCUGACAGCGCCAAGGAGUUGUGUAAGGCAGUGUCGGUGUCCAUGGGCCUGGGUGUGGAGGCGUUGGAGCAUCUGAGUCCGGGGGAACAGCUUCGGGGGGAUUGCAUGUACGCCCCACUUUUGGGAGUUCCACCCGCUGUGCGUCCCACUCCUUGUGCCCCAUUGGCCGAAUGCAAAGGUUCUCUGCUAGACGACAGCGCAGGCAAGAGCACUGAAGAUACUGCUGAGUAUUCCCCUUUCAAGGGAGGUUACACCAAAGGGCUAGAAGGCGAGAGCCUAGGCUGCUCUGGCAGCGCUGCAGCAGGGAGCUCCGGGACACUUGAACUGCCGUCCACCCUGUCUCUCUACAAGUCCGGAGCACUGGACGAGGCAGCUGCGUACCAGAGUCGCGACUACUACAACUUUCCACUGGCUCUGGCCGGACCGCCGCCCCCUCCGCCGCCUCCCCAUCCCCACGCUCGCAUCAAGCUGGAGAACCCGCUGGACUACGGCAGCGCCUGGGCGGCUGCGGCGGCGCAGUGCCGCUAUGGGGACCUGGCGAGCCUGCAUGGCGCGGGUGCAGCGGGACCCGGUUCUGGGUCACCCUCAGCCGCCGCUUCCUCAUCCUGGCACACUCUCUUCACAGCCGAAGAAGGCCAGUUGUAUGGACCGUGUGGUGGUGGGGGGGGUGGUGGCGGCGGCGGCGGCGGCGGCGGCGGCGGCGGCGAGGCGGGAGCUGUAGCCCCCUACGGCUACACUCGGCCCCCUCAGGGGCUGGCGGGCCAGGAAGGCGACUUCACCGCACCUGAUGUGUGGUACCCUGGCGGCAUGGUGAGCAGAGUGCCCUAUCCCAGUCCCACUUGUGUCAAAAGCGAAAUGGGCCCCUGGAUGGAUAGCUACUCCGGACCUUACGGGGACAUGCGUAGGUGCUGCGAGCAGAGAGGGAUUCCUCGGAGGUCAUCUGUUCCAUCUUCUUGCCUAUGCAAAUGCCUGCCUGAAGCUGCUGGAGGCUGGCUUUGUACCGGACUUUGUACAGGGAACCAGGGAAACGAAUGCAGAGUGCUCCUGACAUUGCCUGUCGCUUUUUCCCAUGAUACUCUGGCUUCACAGUUUGGAGACUGCCAGGGACCAUGUUUUGCCCAUUGACUAUUACUUUCCACCCCAGAAGACCUGCCUGAUCUGUGGAGAUGAAGCUUCUGGGUGUCACUAUGGAGCUCUCACAUGUGGAAGCUGCAAGGUCUUCUUCAAAAGAGCCGCUGAAGGGAAACAGAAGUACCUGUGCGCCAGCAGAAAUGAUUGCACUAUUGAUAAAUUCCGAAGGAAAAAUUGUCCAUCUUGUCGUCUUCGGAAAUGUUAUGAAGCAGGGAUGACUCUGGGAGCCCGGAAGCUGAAGAAACUUGGUAAUCUGAAACUACAGGAGGAAGGAGAGGCUUCCAGCACCACCAGCCCCACUGAGGAGACAACCCAGAAGCUGACAGUGUCACACAUUGAAGGCUAUGAAUGUCAGCCCAUCUUUCUGAAUGUCCUGGAAGCCAUUGAGCCAGGUGUAGUGUGUGCUGGACACGACAACAACCAGCCCGACUCCUUUGCAGCCUUGCUCUCUAGCCUCAAUGAACUGGGAGAGAGACAGCUUGUACACGUGGUCAAGUGGGCCAAGGCCUUGCCUGGCUUCCGCAACUUACACGUGGACGACCAGAUGGCUGUCAUUCAGUACUCCUGGAUGGGGCUCAUGGUGUUUGCCAUGGGCUGGCGAUCCUUCACCAAUGUCAACUCCAGGAUGCUCUACUUCGCCCCUGAUCUGGUUUUCAAUGAGUACCGCAUGCACAAGUCCCGGAUGUACAGCCAGUGUGUCCGAAUGAGGCACCUCUCUCAAGAGUUUGGAUGGCUCCAAAUCACCCCCCAGGAAUUCCUGUGCAUGAAAGCACUGCUACUCUUCAGCAUUAUUCCAGUGGAUGGGCUGAAAAAUCAAAAAUUCUUUGAUGAACUUCGAAUGAACUACAUCAAGGAACUCGAUCGUAUCAUUGCAUGCAAAAGAAAAAAUCCCACAUCCUGCUCAAGACGCUUCUACCAGCUCACCAAGCUCCUGGACUCCGUGCAGCCUAUUGCGAGAGAGCUGCAUCAGUUCACUUUUGACCUGCUAAUCAAGUCACACAUGGUGAGCGUGGACUUUCCGGAAAUGAUGGCAGAGAUCAUCUCUGUGCAAGUGCCCAAGAUCCUUUCUGGGAAAGUCAAGCCCAUCUAUUUCCACACCCAGUGAAGCAUUGGAAACCCCUAUUUCCCCACCCCAGCUCAUGCCCCCUUUCAGAUGUCUUCUGCCUGUUAUAACUCUGCACUACUCCUCUGCAGUGCCUUGGGGAAUUUCCUCUAUUGAUGUACAGUCUGUCAUGAACAUGUUCCUGAAUUCUAUUUGCUGGGCUUUUUUUUUCUCUUUCUCUCCUUUCUUUUUCUUCUUCCCUCCCUAUCUAACCCUCCCAUGGCACCUUCAGACUUUGCUUCCCAUUGUGGCUCCUAUCUGUGUUUUGAAUGGUGUUGUAUGCCUUUAAAUCUGUGAUGAUCCUCAUAUGGCCCAGUGUCAAGUUGUGCUUGUUUACAGCACUACUCUGUGCCAGCCACACAAACGUUUACUUAUCUUAUGCCACAGGAAGUUUAGAGAGCUAAGAUUAUCUGGGGAAAUCAAAACAAAAACAAGCAAACAAAAAAAAAAAAAAGCAAAAACAAAACAAAAAAUAAGCCAAAAAACCUUGCUAGUGUUUUUUCCUCAAAAAUAAAUAAAUAAAUAAAUAAAUAAAUACGUACAUACAUACACACAUACAUACAAACAUAUAGAAAUCCCCAAAGAGGCCAAUAGUGACGAGAAGGUGAAAAUUGCAGGCCCAUGGGGAGUUAUUGAUUUUUUCAUCUCCUCCCUCCACGGGAGACUUUAUUUUCUGCCAAUGGCUAUUGCCAUUAGAGGGCAGAGUGACCCCAGAGCUGAGUUGGGCAGGGGGGUGGACAGAGAGGAGAGGACAAGGAGGGCAAUGGAGCAUCAGUACCUGCCCACAGCCUUGGUCCCUGGGGGCUAGACUGCUCAACUGUGGAGCAAUUCAUUAUACUGAAAAUGUGCUUGUUGUUGAAAAUUUGUCUGCAUGUUAAUGCCUCACCCCCAAACCCUUUUCUCUCUCACUCUCUGCCUCCAACUUCAGAUUGACUUUCAAUAGUUUUUCUAAGACCUUUGAACUGAAUGUUCUCUUCAGCCAAAACUUGGCAACUUCCACAGAAAAGUCUAACCACUGAGAAGAAGGAGAGCAGAGAUUUAACUCUUUGUAAGGCCCCAUUUGGAUCCAGGUCUGCUUUCUCAUGUGUGAGUCAGGGAGGAGCUGGAGCCAGAGGAGAAAAAAAUGAUAGCUUGGCUGUUCUGCUGCUUAGGACACUGACUGAAUAGUUAAACUCUCACUGCCACUACCUUUUCCCCACCUUUAAAAGACCUGAAUGAAGUUUUCUGCCAAACUCCGUGAAGCCACAAGCACCUUAUGUCCUCCCUUCAGUGUUUUGUGGGCCUGAAUUUCAUCACACUGCAUUUCAGCCAUGGUCAUCAAGCCUGUUUGCUGCUUUUGGGCAUGUUCACAGAUUCUCUGUUAAGAGCCCCCACCACCAAGAAGGUUAGCAGGCCAACAGCUCUGACAUCUCUCUGUAGAUGCCAGUAGUCACAAAGAUUUCUUACCAACUCUCAGAUCGCUGGAGCCCUUAGACAAACUGGAAAGAAGGCAUCAAAGGGAUCAGACAAGCUGGGCGUCUUGCCCUUGUCCCCCAGAGAUGAUACCCUCCCAGCAAGUGGAGAAGUUCUCACUUCCUUCUUUAGAGCAGCUAAAGGGGCUACCCAGAUCAGGGUUGAAGAGAAAACUCAAUUACCAGGGUGGGAAGAAUGAAGGCACUAGAACCAGAAACCCUGCAAAUGCUCUUCUUGUCACCCAGCAUAUCCACCUGCAGAAGUCAUGAGAAGAGAGAAGGAACAAAGAGGAGACUCUGACUACUGAAUUAAAAUCUUCAGCGGCAAAGCCUAAAGCCAGAUGGACACCAUCUGGUGAGUUUACUCAUCAUCCUCCUCUGCUGCUGAUUCUGGGCUCUGACAUUGCCCAUACUCACUCAGAUUCCCCACCUUUGUUGCUGCCUCUUAGUCAGAGGGAGGCCAAACCAUUGAGACUUUCUACAGAACCAUGGCUUCUUUCGGAAAGGUCUGGUUGGUGUGGCUCCAAUACGUUGCCACCCAUGAACUCAGGGUGUGCCCUGGGACACUGGUUUUAUAUAGUCUUUUGGCACACCUGUGUUCUGUUGACUUCGUUCUCCAAGCCCAAGUGCAAGGGAAAAUGUCCACCUACUUUCUCAUCUUGGCCUCUGCCUCCUUACUUAGCUCUUAAUCUCAUCUGUUGAACUCAAGAAAUCAAGGGCCAGUCAUCAAGCUGCCCAUUUUAAUUGAUUCACUCUGUUUGUUGAGAGGAUAGUUUCUGAGUGACAUGAUAUGAUCCACAAGGGUUUCCUUCCCUGAUUUCUGCAUUGAUAUUAAUAGCCAAACGAACUUCAAAACAGCUUCUUUAAAUAACAAGGGAGAGGGGAACCUAAGAUGAGUAGUAUGCCAAUCCAAGACUGCUGGACAAAACUAAAGCUGACAGGUUCCCUUUUUGGGGUGGGAUAGACAUGUUCUGGUUUUCUUUAUUACUACACAAUCUGGCUCAUGUACAGGAUCACUUUUAGCUGUUUUAAACAGAAAAAAAAAUCCACCACUCUUUUCAGUUACACUAGGUUACAUUUUAAUAGGUCCUUUACAUCUGUUUUGGAAUGAUUUUCAUCUUUUGUGAUACACGGAUUGAAUUAUAUCAUUUUCAUAUCUCUCCUUGUAAAUACUAGAAGCUCUCCUUUACAUUUCUCUAUCAAAUUUUUCAUCUUUAUGGGUUUCCCAAUUGUGACUCUUGUCUUCAUGAAUAUAUGUUUUUCAUUUGCAAAAGCCAAAAAUCAGUGAAACAGCAGUGUAAUUAAAAGCAACAACUGGAUUACUCCAAAUUUCCAAAUGACAAAACUAGGGAAAAAUAGCCUACACAAGCCUUUAGGCCUACUCUUUCUGUGCUUGGGUUUGAGUGAACAAAGGAGAUUUUAGCUUGGCUCUGUUCUCCCAUGGAUGAAAGGAGGAGGAUUUUUUUUUUUCUUUUGGCCAUUGAUGUUCUAGCCAAUGUAAUUGACAGAAGUCUCAUUUUGCAUGCGCUCUGCUCUACAAACAGAGUUGGUAUGGUUGGUAUACUGUACUCACCUGUGAGGGACUGGCCACUCAGACCCACUUACCUGGUGAGCUAGAAGAUGAGGAUCACUCACUGGAAAAGUCACGAGGACCAUCUCCAAACAAGUUGGCAGUGCUCGAUGUGGACGAAGAGUGAGGAAGAGAAAAAGAAGGAGCACCAGGGAGAAGGCCCCAUCUGUGCUGGGCAGCAGACAGCUGCCAGGAUCACGAACUCUGUAGUCAAAGAAAAGAGUCGUGUGGCAGUUUCAGCUCUCGUUCAUUGGGCAGCUCGCCUAGGCCCAGCCUCUGAGCUGACAUGGGAGUUGUUGGAUUCUUUGUUUCAUAGCUUUUUCUAUGCCAUAGGCAAUAUUGUUGUUCUUGGAAAGUUUAUUAUUUUUUUAACUCCCUUACUCUGAGAAAGGGAUAUUUUGAAGGACUGUCAUAUAUCUUUGAAAAAAGAAAAUCUGUAAUACAUAUAUUUUUAUGUAUGUUCACUGGCACUAAAAAAUAUAGAGAGCUUCAUUCUGUCUUUUGGGUAGUUGCUGAGGUAAUUGUCCAGGUUGAAAAAUAAUGUGCUGAUGCUAGAGUCCCUCUCUGUCCAUACUCUACUUCUAAAUACAUAUAGGCAUACAUAGCAAGUUUUAUUUGACUUGUACUUUAAGAGAAAAUAUGUCCACCAUCCACAUGAUACACAAAUGAGCUAACAUUGAGCUUCAAGUAGCUUCUAAGUGUUUGUUUCAUUAGGCACAGCACAGAUGUGGCCUUUCCCCCCUUCUCUCCCUUGAUAUCUGGCAGGGCAUAAAGGCCCAGGCCACUUCCUCUGCCCCUUCCCAGCCCUGCACCAAAGCUGCAUUUCAGGAGACUCUCUCCAGACAGCCCAGUAACUACCCGAGCAUGGCCCCUGCAUAGCCCUGGAAAAAUAAGAGGCUGACUGUCUACGAAUUAUCUUGUGCCAGUUGCCCAGGUGAGAGGGCACUGGGCCAAGGGAGUGGUUUUCAUGUUUGACCCACUACAAGAGGUCAUGGGAAUCAGGAAUGCCAAAGCACCAGAUCAAAUCCAAAACUUAAAGUCAAAAUAAGCCAUUCAGCAUGUUCAGUUUCUUGGAAAAGGAAGUUUCUACCCCUGAUGCCUUUGUAGGCAGAUCUGUUCUUACCAUUAAUCUUUUUGAAAAUCUUUUAAAGCAGUUUUUAAAAAGAGAGAUGAAAGCAUCACAUUAUAUAACCAAAGAUUACAUUGUACCUGCUAAGAUACCAAAAUUCAUAAGGGCAGGGGGGGAGCAAGCAUUAGUGCCUCUUUGAUAAGCUGUCCAAAGACAGACUAAAGGACUCUGCUGGUGACUGACUUAUAAGAGCUUUGUGGGGUUUUUUUUUCCCUAAUAAUAUACAUGUUUAGAAGAAUUGAAAAUAAUUUCGGGAAAAUGGGAUUAUGGGUCCUUCACUAAGUGAUUUUAUAAGCAGAACUGGCUUUCCUUUUCUCUAGUAGUUGCUGAGCAAAUUCUUGAAGCUCCAUUAUUGCAUGGUUGGAAAUGGAGCUGUUCUUAGCCACUGUGUUUGCUAGUGCCCAUGUUAGCUUAUCUGAAGAUGUGAAACCCUUGCUAAUAAGGGAGCAUUUAAAGUACUAGAUUUUGCACUAGAGGGACAGCAGGCAGAAAUCCUUAUUUCUGCCCACUUUGGAUGGCACAAAAAGUUAUCUGCAGUUGAAGGCAGAAAGUUGAAAUACAUUGUAAAUGAAUAUUUGUAUCCAUGUUUCAAAAUUGAAAUAUAUAUAUAUAUAUAUAUAUAUAUAUAUAUAGAGAGAGAGAGAGAGAGUGUGUUCUGAUAGCUUUAACUUUCUCUGCAUCUUUAUAUUUGGUUCCAGAUCACACCUGAUGCCAUGUACUUGUGAGAGAGGAUGCAGUUUUGUUUUGGAAGCUCUCUCAGAACAAACAAGACACCUGGAUUGAUCAGUUAACUAAAAGUUUUCUCCUCUAUUGGGUUUGACCCACAGGUCCUGUGAAGGAGCAGAGGGAUAAAAAGAGUAGAGGACAUGAUACAUUGUACUUUACUAGUUCAAGACAGAUGAAUGUGGAAAGCAUAAAAUCUCAAUGGAACUGACUGAGAUUUACCACAGGGAAGGCCCAAACUUGGGGCCAAAAGCCUACCCAAGUGAUUGACCAGUGGCCACCUAAUGGGACCUGAGCUGUUGGAAGAAGAGAACUGUUCCUUGGUCUUCACCAUCCUUGUGAGAGAAGGGCAGUUUCCUGCAUUGGAACCUGGAGCAAGCGCUCUAUCUUUCACACAAAUUCCCUCACCUGAGAUUGAGGUGCUCUUGUUACUGGGUGUCUGUGUGCUGUAAUUCUGGUUUUGGAUAUGUUCUGUAAAGAUUUUGACAAAUGAAAAUGUGUUUUUCUCUGUUAAAACUUGUCAGAGUACUAGAAGUUGUAUCUCUGUAGGUGCAGGUCCAUUUCUGCCCACAGGUAGGGUGUUUUUCUUUAAGAGAUUGACACUUCUGUUGCCUAGGACCUCCCAACUCAACCAUUUCUAGGUGAAGGCAGAAAAAUCCACAUUAGUUACUCCUCUUCAGACAUUUCAGCUGAGAUAACAAAUCUUUUGGAAUUUUUUCACCCAUAGAAAGAGUGGUAGAUAUUUGAAUUUAGCAGGUGGAGUUUCAUAGUAAAAACAGCUUUUGACUCAGCUUUGAUUUAUCCUCAUUUGAUUUGGCCAGAAAGUAGGUAAUAUGCAUUGAUUGGCUUCUGAUUCCAAUUCAGUAUAGCAAGGUGCUGGGUUUUUUCCUUUCCCCACCUGUCUCUUAGCCUAGGGAAUUAAAUGAGAAGCCUUAGAAUGGGUGGCCCUUGUGACCUGAAACACUUCCCACAUAAGCUACUUAACAAGAUUGUCAUGUAGCUGCAGAUUCCAUUGCCCACCAAAGACUAGAACACACACAUAUCCAUACACCAAAGGAAAGACAAUUCUGAAAUGCUGUUUCUCUGGUGGUUCCCUCUCUGGCUGCUGCCUCACAGUAUGGGAACCUGUACUCUGCAGAGGUGACAGGCCAGAUUUGCAUUAUCUCACAACCUUAGCCCUUGGUGCUAACUGUCCUACAGUGAAGUGCCUGGGGGGUUGUCCUAUCCCAUAAGCCACUUGGAUGCUGACAGCAGCCACCAUCAGAAUGACCCACGCAAAAAAAAAAAAAAAAUUAAAAAGUCCCCUCACAACCCUUUCUGUCACUACACCUUUCUGCUUUCCUCUAGACUGGAACAUUGAUUAGGGAGUGCCUCAGACAUGACAUUCUUGUGCUGUCCUUGGAAUUAAUCUGGCAGCAGGAGGGAGCAGACUAUGUAAACAGAGAUAAAAAUUAAUUUUCAAUAUUGAAGGAAAAAAGAAAUAAGAAGAGAGAGAGAAAGAAAGCAUCACACAAAGAUUUUCUUAAACAAUUUUGCUUGAAAUUUCUUUAGAUGGGGCUCAUUUCUCACAGUGGCACUUGGCCUCCACUGGGCAGCAGGACCAGCUCCAAGCGCUAGUGUUCUGUUCUCUUUUUGUAAUCUUGGAAUCUUUUGUUGCUCUAAAUACAAUUAAAAAUGGCAGAAACUUGUU